AAAAGAAGUCCACUAAAGGCCCAGAUGCCUCUUAGUUUAGUGGCAGAAUUCUAUAAAAGUAAACCCAAGACCCCCCCAAUUCUCUUCAUCGAUCUCACUUCUCUCUCUCUCUCUCUCUCUCUCUCUCUCUUCGUUCCCAAAUCUCCCUUCCGUUUGAAUUUUGAUACCAAACAUUGCCAAAGGGGUCUUACCAGGGAUUUAUCAAUUUCUAUUUUUUUUUUCAAAUUCAUAAAUUCCCUCCAUAUCCUCAACCUUCUUCACUCUCUCAAACCCUAACCCUACUUGCCUCUCCUUCCUCCUCUAGGGUUUCGCGAUAUUUCGCUCAAUCUGAUUCCAAACUCUGCUCGUUUACUUCUGAUUCGUGUUCCGGAGUCUUCGAAUCACUGCAAGGCUCCGAGAAUUGCGUUUAUUUCACUCCAAUUUCUAACUACCUCUCGCUGCUUCUCUUUCUGGGUUUUUUUCUAGGGUUUCUCAUUGUCAGCUGGUAGAGUCCUCCUAUUUUCUUUCGCUUUUAUAUGUUUUUGUUUGACUGCCGAGAAAACGAGGGAAAGGGAGGGAAGAUGCGCGGGUUUUUGCGGGAACAGGCUCAUGGGUCGAAUGAUUUGAGGGUUCGAGAAAAAGCCCAGUGAUAUGAGGGUUUGAAUAUGAGCCUUGAAUAUGAGCCAUGGAGAAGCGGACAGUAGCAGCAGAGUGAAUGAACCCAGUAGCGAAGCUUCGAGAAGAGGAGGAGGAGGAGGAGGAGCCGAUGAGUUUGGCCGAGCCAUAUCUACGGUUGCGGUGGCGCAGAUAUGCGAGAGCGUUGGGUUUCAGAGCUUCAAGGAGUCUGCUCUGGACGCUCUCGCCGACAUUGCCAUCAGAUACCUCCGUGACUUAGGGAAGAUGUCGAGCUUUUAUGCUAACUUGGCUGGCAGAACCGAAUGCAAUGUUUUUGAUAUUAUUAGAGGGUUGGAGGAUUUGGAGUCACUGCAAGGGUUCUUGGGUGCUGCUGAGGUCAGUCAUUGUCUUGCAGGGUCUGGGAUAGUGAGAGGCAUUGUUGAGUAUGUGGGUUCGGCUGAGGAGAUCCCAUUUGCACAGCCAUUGCCUCGGUUUCCGGUGAUCAAGCAGCGGAGAUUAAUUCCGAGUUUCGAGCAAAUGGGGGAGGCGCCACAGAGUAAACAUUUGCCCAAUUGGUUGCCGGCUUUCCCUGAUCCACACACUUAUAUUCAAACACCAAUGUGGAAUGAGAGGAAGACCGAUCCCCGAGAAGAUAAAAUUGAGCAGGCUAGACAGAGGAGGAAGGCUGAGAGGUCUUUGUUGAGUCUGCAGCAGAGGUUGUUGUGCAAUGGUGAGGCAUCUGGUUCAGGAGGAGUCUCUGUUGCAGUACCAUUGGUUAGUGGUGGUGGUAAUGAUGGAAAGGGAUUAUUAUUACAAGGGAGUGAGAGUAAUCCAAGUAAUCCAUUCCUUGAACCGCCUAUCCAGCCGGGAGAGAAAGAUGUAUCAGUGUCCGAAGUUGUCUUGCCAUCCAAGUUUUUGGAUGAAGUGGGGCAAGGGAAGAAUGGCGGUUCUUCGGUUCUGGAUGCAUUUACGCCCGCCAUUGAAGCAGUGAAGAAUGGGGUGUGGAGUGAUGGAGAUGAUGAGAGAAAGCAGCUUCUUCCAGAUACGAGGCCUGCGAUUAAUUUCAAGUUCAGAAGUGGGAAGAAGUUUCUGGGAGAAUCUUCGGAUGUGAGGCUGCAAAAGAAGGGUUCUGGGAGACCAGCUUAUUGGUUUGGGCGAGAUGAGGAGAGGGAUGACAAGAAGAGAAGAGCCGAGUUUAUUCUUAGACAAUCUAUGGAAAACCCACAGGAACUCACUCAGUUGUAGAUUAAUUUUAUUGACUGGUUUUCUUCAUGGGAAGCUCUUAGCACCUAGGGAUUUAGCAGUGGGCUAUGGAGGCUCAAAGUAGAGGCUGUACUUGUUGUUCUAGUAUACUCUAGUUUUAGUCCCACUCUUACAAUUUUUUUAAGAGGUA